GCCAGUCAUCUAAACAUGGCAGCCGCACAGGAAGGUUUAUUGAAUUUCGAGGGCGUCCGCAUCAAGCCGGGAACUACGCUAAUCGCAUAUUUAGAGAGCCUGCGCGACAGCUCCAAUUGCGAUGAAGACCUGCGGAACAAAGCGGGAGAUUUGCUCAAGUGUGACUCCGCGGGCGUGCCUUUUGGAUCGCUGCGUUCCCUGCGCGAUGCCGUCAACUUCCGUCGGCGAUGCAGCCCGUUUACUUGCACAAGCUGCUGGAGGGAUCGGAGCUGUGCUUGCCGAGUCCCGUGACGCCUCCGCGCAACCCCGAACUCGAAGCCCGCGUGCGGAAGCUCAAGGCACAGCAGAUGAAUCGGGACUACGACCGCAUGACAUCUGAUGUGGACGUUUGCCGCGCCAGGUCGUCUCCGUUCACAAAGGUCGGCGACGAGGUUCGCCAGGUCAAGCAGCAGUCGUGGGCCGUGGUUAACCUGCUGGUCACCGUUGGCGGGACUUUCGCCUUCUUCUACAAGGCGGUCGAAUAUUCGCUGCCGGAUCCCCACAUUCCUCUACAGGUCCUCGUCGGACUCAUCACCUCUAUUGUGGUGGCUGUAGCUGAGUUGUAUUUCUUAAUACGUGUCAUCUAGUCCACAGGAACUUCACGCCUUUACAGUGGCUUUCGAUGUCUUGUUUUGGGCACAUUUCAGAGGCUGGACCCUUGUAUGUUGACAUGUCAUAACAGUGCUCUGUUUGUAGAAUAUGUUCAAAUGUUUGGUUCACAUUGAACAAUGAAUGUGCCUCGUUUGUGUGACUUUGCAAUCAAUGCUAUCAAACUUGGGGUGUAACCUUACAACGUUCUUUGGCCGGUACAGUUGUUUCAAGGUUUUAAAAAUAAAAGGAGUGUGUGAAAAAGACGGGACAAAAUAGACAGAUAGCCGGUAGUGAUGAACACUUGUCCGUCCAUGUGUCUUUUGCCCUAGCUUUUUCGUGCUCUUCUAUUAUUUUAAGGGCUCUAAAACACUACUUGCUGUUGUGAAUAUAUGCAAGAACAGAAAGAAAAAAGCACAUUAAUACACAGGCUUAAACGUGCAUUUGGCUUUCUUGAGUCUUUGCAUGUGUGCAUUACAGUGGGCGCCUCACAAAGAUAGCCACAAUGCAACACCAAAAUAUGGUUGUGCCAGCUACUAACUACUGAAAUUUGUAUUUAAAUGAAUGAAGUACUGGAAGCUCUUCACUCUAUUUAAUGCACAGAUCUGCUGGUGUGGAUUUGAUAGGUCUAAGGAGAGCAGCACUGAAAGUUUGGUUCGACAGAGGCAAGUAUGCGACACUUACAAGCAUUUGGUCAUAUUUGAUGUGUCACUGCGGCACGUGUUGUAAAAAAAGCUGCUCUAAUCAUGUGCCCUCCCUAGAAAGACAUAUGCGCAACCACAUGCAAAGGUGUUAAGAUCGGCAGCCGAGACAAUUGACAGGUGUUUGAAAGAGCGCUAUUGUUUAUUGGCUGAUGUGUGUCAUGCUUUUUGUUGGCUUCAAACGUCCCAUUAAACUUUCGAACACACGUAACUUUUUAGAAUUACCGACCGGUUAACUGCAUGAGAACAAAUGCAUAUUAUGCAAAUGGGAUUUUAAUGGUUGGCACUAAGUAAUUUAAGCAAGCCUGUUAAAUUCUGUGGACACGUGCUUCAUUCAGUAUGUUUCAUUAGCAGAUGACAUCCAAGUUUCUCUCUAUACAGCUCUAAUCUUCCCGUUUAUCGAAGACCAAGAAAGCUUUGAGCGUACACAGGAGCCCUGAUUGUAUGUGUUCCCAUCAAAAAGGAAGCAUGUCUUUCUUUGUGUUUUACUUUACACCACCAAAAAUGUGUGUUGUUUUUUCUAUUGACAGCUUCUGGAAAGAUCUUUUUUUUUGUAAGUGCAUAUAUUCAUUUAGGCAGAACAGCUUUGAGAAAGCGAAAUAGCAUUUGUGACUCAUUAGCUGGCUUUAAUCUUGAAGCUGUGGUGAGUCGCAUUUAUUUAAUGAGUGGCUUAAACAUGAGUGGUAUAGCAGCAAAAACUGCGUCUAGUGGCUCUGUGAAACAGCGAUUCAUAGCUAGGUUAGCGUAUGCAUCGGCUACAUGGAAUAGCUUCUGAGAAGCCUUUCAUAACAGUCGACUGAUGAGGCUUGGUGCAGAUUGUGUUCUGUAGACGACUCACCAGAAAAGGCCAUGCCUCAAUCAGGAUCCUUAGUGCACUGUUCGCUGUGCAAAGGUUAUAUGUACAGUUUGAUCCACUGUUAAAGGGAACACUUGGAAUGAGCUCCUUUCAUACUGCUCUCAACUGCAAGUAGAUAUGGAAACAUUGCUCAUGCUUAGCUCUUGCCUUUAUAAUAAGGCGGAACUGUUAGCCACCAGCAGUGAUAUGCAAAUCAUGCCACUAUGCUUGUGCAACAGAGUAAAAUCCAUACAUGCAUUACAUGCAAGUGUUCUCUUCAACAAUGGAUCUGCCUGUACAUUUGCCUGUGUGUGUGCACGGGGUGUGCCUAUAUAUUAGGGAGCACCUAAUAAAACCUUGGGGAAGAAUCUGUGCAAAUGUGAUUUAAAAACUGUUUGCUAAUACAGUAGAAUCUCGUUACAACGAACUAUGCGGGACAGCCAAAUUUAGUUAGCUUUUCUAAAACAAUGUAGUUGUAAGGAAAGGACACAAAA